CCUGUUUGAAUUUCCAGAACUGAAGCUAGCCCUACUGAGGGAAAAGAAGUUACUGGUCUCUUGCGAUUAAUGAUCAAUCUUGGGCCAAAAGAAUCUUGCGACAGUACGCACCAUUCUACUUGCCAGCCCAUCAGCUUUAUAGUUGUUUGCGAUUCCGCUGUGGCUUGGCAUCCAUACUAGUCUCAUCACAAAGUGACUCGAUGCUACUCAUAACGAGGUUAAACAUUUCUUAACCAGCGCUACGUGGUUAGUGAGCUCGAGGCUAGUAACGCCGCCCUGUCAUAGUCACUUCACUGGGGAAGGUUGAACUCCGAAACAGUAAAUCUACUGCUACCUUAUUAACAGCAAUGUCAUACACACAAAUCUAAAGAGAAACUAUUAUACAAACUUGUAAUCCUUGAAAAAGAAAGAAAGAAAUCUUUGUAAAUUUUUGCCACACCGUGUCAUUAUAACGGAAAACAAAAAAACGUUUCGAAAUCUCAUUUUACCGCACAUGUGUGUGUACACGCCCAUUAUUGGUAAUACAAUCAAAAUACUGCCACUGUAAAUGCUUCUAGCUUACUUGACUUGUGAAGAUACGAUUAAAGCAAAAGUUUUUGUUGUCGCCGGAACUUCUGCUGCUCUUUGAUUGUUGCAAACGAGCGAAAGCGUUACGAACAAAAGAAAGAGAUUCAAACUGAAAGUAUACAAUAAACAGUGAAUUGUAGUGAAAAUGCUGCGCAAGCUAGCCAUUAAACGGCAACAAGCCAGAAACACGCAGCCGCCGCCCCCUACAAUAACCGCUCCGGUCCGCUAUCAACGCCGCCGACAACAACAGAUGUUCCACGCGACUGCAGCAACAUCGCCUAUGCUGCAACGGUUACUGUUAUCUAUGCUGCUGCUUUUGCUGACGCUUAGCCAGAGCGAAAACACAGUUGAAGCAGCCACAGACUCACCGAUUAAGUUCAUUAAAUUGCCAGCUCAAGCACCAGUAAUCCACUAUACCCAGAGCAAAGAUGAUUCGCCGAUAAUCAAUUAUCGUAAUAGUAAGGACCAUACUCCAUCUGAUAUCAUUGAAAACGAAACAUCGACGCCGAUUCUUAGCCGUGCUGCUUUGCUUUAUUCCGAGUACAUGAACGCAGCUAUGAAUACAAUGAGUUUGGACGAGGAUGCAGUGCAAAGGCAGCAACGAGGCAAUGCCAACUCCUGCCCUAGAUCGUGCCCGCCAAGCACAACUGUGGGCGCUGUACCGGUUUGCGCCUCUGAUGGUUUAAUUUAUGCGAAUCUCUGCGAAAUGAAGAAAAAGACUUGCUCUCGAAAUGGGUCAAACACAGUGAAGGCAGUUAAAGACAGCUGUGAACGCGCGCGGGGUUCCGAAUGCAAGCAUCGGUGUCCUACAGAGAAAGACCCAGUUUGCGGCACUGAUGGCCAUACUUACUUGAAUCGCUGUAUGUUGCGCGUGCAAGCGUGUCGUGUUGGUUUGGCUGCGGUUAGCAUGUCGCAUGUGGGCGCCUGCAGUAACAUCAGUGCCAUACGUGAAUCUUGUCCAGUGGAUUGUAAAAGUGCUCCCAAAGACGGUCCUAUCUGCGCCUCCGAUGGCAAUGUAUACAAUUCGACAUGCGAGAUGAAAUUGCUGACGUGCAGCCAAGGUGUAGUGAAGACCAGUCGGAAGCACUGCCAAUCGACGCGCAUGUGCCGUGAGUCUUGCUGGCGUGUUGCGCGGCCCACCUGCGGUUCUGAUGGGCGUUUGUACGCCAGCCCCUGCAAGAUGCGAGCAUACAACUGUGGCAAGCAUAUUUUCGAAGUACCGCUAGCAUUUUGCAUGUCUCAAGAGCGAAAUACAAAUGGCAGCAAAUCAGCGGAUAACUGUCCCACCGAAUGUCCUCCUACCUCGGACGCGCCAUCACAAUAUGUCUGCGGAAGCGAUGGCAAUAUUUAUUCAUCGCUUUGUGAAUUGAAAAUGUUAAACUGUGGUCCUCAACGAAAAUCUAUACAGAAAAUGAGCAUGGACAAGUGUAAAACCCGUUUGAAUCGAUGCAAACAGCUGCCGCCUUGCAAAGACUUUAAUAAUUUAUUCGGAUCCAUAUUUUCCUCAAAUCGCAAUGACAAACUCUGUGGCAGUGAUGCAAAAACCUACAACAAUGAAUGUGAGCUUGCGCAUGCAACGUGCUUGCGUGGAGUAAAUCUGGCCCAUAUAGGUCCAUGCACGGACCUGAAAGCUCAAAGUAAAGAUUGUGGUGAGCGUUGUACACGCAGCGAUAUCGAAAGUGGACCGGUGUGUGGUUCAGAUGGUAAUACAUUCCCUUCAAUGUGUGACUUUAAACGUCGAACUUGUCACAUGCGAGUGGUUCCCGUAUCUUUGAAGAACUGUUUACUCACUGCCGACUGUGAGUCGGACUGUGAUGCACAGCCACCGAAUUUCGUAUGUGGAUCCGACAAUAAAUUUUAUAAAUCCGAGUGUCACAUGCGAAAAGAAAACUGCGGUAAACAUGUGUUUGUAGUGCCGCUAAAGCGUUGCCUCAGUAACAUUCAGUUUAAAGGCUGCUCUCGUAUUUGCCCACGAGAAUUUGAACCGAUCUGCGGAACAGAUGAUAUGACAUAUCUGAAUGAAUGCUUCCUAGAAAUCGAAAAUUGUCGAACGAAUAACACCGUAAAAGUUAGUCACUAUGGAGCCUGCGGACGGCCAGAGGCGCCUUCGUCGAACUACCUUUACUAACAAGGGACGCGCGUUCGCAGCGCUUAGCUUCGGUUUCAACAUAGUUUGUAAUUUUGUUUUUGCAUUUAUAUUUAUGUAUUUCAUUUUAUUUAUUUGUGUUACACAAACAGUUAUGC